GAGGUCCGCAUUUACAGGAAACAGAAAUGAAAGUAAAAGUGCGAGAUCUCUGGGCGCUUGCCUGGUUUCGAAGCUGUGUUGAGUUGGGGGACAGGAGACGGUGGAACACUGGCUCAGUCGCUGCUCGCUGGAGAUGGAGUUUCUGUUUUAUAAACUGCCCCUCAUCCUCAGCGUCUGCUCAGUCCCAGCAUUGAGCGAUGGCGGUCUCUCUGAGAAUAUUGGCACUCUGGUUGACUGCUGGUUUGUGGAAGAAGGUGGUGGAAAGAACAGCUUCCCCAGUUCCAUUACCCAGGAACCAGCCACCCUGCUCCUUCGCCACAUCCCAUAUGAGGAUGGAGAGCUUCCAGAACUUCCUGCCAACCUGCCCCUGCCAUCUGAGCUGAAGCCCGGCUGGUUCUUCGAAGUGAGAGAUUACUCACGGAUCACGGCCCACCCCGGGUUUAGGGAACCGAGAAGCCCGAAGGAGAAGCCGUACUGCGAGAUUAAUAAGUAUGGCCCGCAGGAUUCUCACGUCUCCUGGGCCUCCCGCCUGACCAAAGAUGAAAAGACUCCAGCCUAUCAGUCCAGCUCCUGGUUCUGCAGCCACCUCCGCACUUUCGACCUGUCCUUCAGUGUGGCCAGUGUCCAUCGGGUCACCUCAGGCCUCAGGGAGAAGGAUCUUCUCUCUCCGCUUCACACCUCAGUCGUCCUGAAUGUCUUCACCCGCACACCAAGCGUGAAGACAGGGCUGAAGCGUGAUGUCCUCCUGGACUGCGGUUUCACCAUGGACAGGCAGACCGGCUUUGCCAUCGAGUGGCGUUACCAGUUCAAGGGGAGCGGGCACCUGGUUUACGCCUACAAUGGCGCCCAGGAUCGAGUGGACUUGGCACAGGCGGGCACCGAAAUGUUCUUUUACGAGGCGCACAGUCGGGGAAACGCCUCACUCUUGAUCCGGAACGUGGAAAUGAGGCAUGAAGGGAGCUACAUCUGCACGGUCUACAUGCCGAACCUCCACGCUCAGCAAUCCAUGGACCUCGAGAUCACAGAGCCCCCCAAGGUGACAAUGAGCCCCGAUCCCCUGGACCUGGUGCCCGGGCGGGAGCAAACGGUGAUCUGUGAUAUCAGCUCCUACUACCCACUGGACGUGACGGUCAGCUGGACGAGGAAGAGGGCCGCUGGGAACAGUAGCUCCGAGCCCGUCGCCAACAGCGUGCUGAGUGGCCACCGGCAGAACCCGGACGGCACCUACAAUAUGAGCAGCUACAUCACCGUGCAACCAUCCUGGGAGGACCACCACUCCGUCUACACAUGCCACAUCAGCCACGUUUCCGUCAAGACCCCUAUCCGAAAGAGCAUCACCUUAAACGUCGCAGGAGCGUCUGGUCCUUCCAUGGAUGAUGUGAUCGGCAUGUUACUGUGCUCGUUUGUUCUGUACGGGACGUUAAAAUUCCUCCACUGGGUGUUCAGCGAGAAAGUUUAUCCUUUGGUCUUUGGAUCAGCAGAAGAAGCAGCAAAGGUGAAAAGUAACUGAACCCACAGACUGUAAUCAGAGAGGAGCUGGAGAACUGUCGGUGUCAUUAUGAUGGGGGCUAGUGAAUCCUCUCUGUUCUGACCAGGCAAUUUUCUGUGCUACAGCAGUACCCCACAUUAUUCCUGUUUCAUCUUGUGUUUGUUUUUUUAUCCCUGUGCUUUUCCAGAAGCUUGGUAGACGUGAUUGUGUAAAUAAUUCUCUAAAAUUUGCAUUGAAGGUUGAAAUCGCUAGUUAAAAAUCAUUUGGGCCCCUCAGUAAAACCCUGUUAGGAAGGCAAAAUUCCUGUACAUUCUGGUGAUGGUGUUGCUGAGGUCUCUGUGUAUAUUGUAGAGACUCUGUAAACACACAGUGGAAUAUUGCUGAGAUCUCUGUAUAUUAUAGAGACUCUGUAAACACACAGUGGAAUAUUGCUGAGAUCUCUGUACAUAUUAUAGAGACUGAGUAAACACACAGUGGAAUAUUGCUGAGGUCUCUGUACAUAUUAUAGAGACUGAGUAUGCACACAGUGGAAUAUUGCUGAGAUCUCUGUACAUAUUAUAGAGACUGAGUAUGCACACAGUGGAAUAUUGCUGAGAUCUCUGUACAUAUUAUAGAGACUCUGUAAACAUACAGUGGAAUAUUGCUGAGAUCUCUGUACAUAUUAUAGCGACUGAGUAAACACACAGUGGAAUAUUGCUGAGAUCUCUGUACAUAUUAUAGAGACUGAGUAUGCACACAGUGGAAUAUUGCUGAGAUCUCUGUAUAUUAUAGAGACUCUGUAAACACACAGUGGAAUAUUGCUGAGAUCUCUGUAUAUAUUAUAGAGACUGAGUAUGCACACAGUGGAAUAUUGCUGAGAUCUCUGUAUAUAUUAUAGAGACUCUGUAAACACAAAGCAGGAAGAUUUUGGUCUCAUUGUUGAGAGUGAACUCAUGGAAACCUGUCUGAAGGAGUAUGCACGGAUGGUAGUCCUGCUGCUCAGAGACUUGAUAAGAUGUGAAUUAACCACGAGCGCUCGAAUGACUCGUUGGUCCCUUUGUGACUUCUGGCUAAGAAUGAGCAGACCGCAGCUUUACUGAACCCCGCUUUGUGUCCCUGAGAACUGAAAAACAGCGCUCAGUUCUGCUCCAGGUAACACCUAUCACUGUCUCCUAGUGUCGAGGAGAAACAUUCUGAGCCUAUAAUUCUUGUCUUGUGGCUCAUGGCUGUUAACAGCCAAAUGCCAAAGUAAAACUGUCCAUCUCAAUGUGCCCCCCCAACACUCCCCCUGAACAAUGCCACCUGAACCCAGUGCUAUCCUUUUCUACACUGAACAGAACAGAUCCACCUCCCCAAAUUCCAGGGACAUUUGCCUGUUGCAACUUCCAGCCAUUUACUGAUUAUUUCCACAAUCCUUUGCUGUUUGUUUCGUUUUCUGUCCGUCUCUGGACAGAUUUGUUUGAAAAUUUUGUAGACUUUUCAAUCGCGUAUGUCAAUGAGUGGGACUGUUUUGUUUGGAAUUAAAGUUUUUCCUCCGCCUCAGUCUGAAUUUUGCGAUAUGCAGUAGGCAGUAGAAAUAAAACCAGUCUAACUCCAAACCAAAACACAGCCAGAUUGUAAAGAAGGCCUCACACCUAACAUGCAUUGUCUGUCCUAAAAUAUCAGCUUUUCGUUGCAAUGAAAAAAACCUUUACUUCUCUCAAGGCAGUGGUUUGAAAGACUUUUGGGAAUUUUCAUAUAUGAAUGAAUCAAUUAAAACCUUCUAACUGAUUGAAGAUUUAACAGCAUCUUAGGUCUGCUUUAGCGUUCGUAUCAGUGAUGUGAACUCUCAGUCUUUUACUUCAUAACAUCUGUGCCACAUACCACCUCUCUCACUAACACCUAAGGGAGGAGCGACGCUCCGAAAGUUUGUGUUUUCAAAUAAACCUGUUGGGCUACA